CUAAGCCAAAGUUAUGUAACAAUUACAACUAUUUUAUAUUCAUAGAUUAUUGAAAUCAAUUAAAAAAUGACAUCUUUUUUAACUCCAUAUUUCAAAAUGUGUUUAAAAUUAAUGGUUAGAAUAAGAUUAAAGCACGCUUGCACUACUGUUGGUAUAAUUUUUAUUCUUGACUUUUUUGGAGUUUUCACACAUCUUUUUGAAGUUUCGUUUGAUGAUAGCUUUAUUUAUCCAUACGAAGGAGACAUUCAUGAGUUUAUAGUUGCUCUACGACAAAAUCAAAAACCAAAUGUGCCACCUAUUAAUGAUCACAACUUUACAUUUAUUCAUGAUAUUAAGGAUAAAUGUAUUGAACCAAGUUUUCAAACAUUACGUGUAGUAUUUUUAAUAAAAUCUGCUGUUGAAAAUUAUAAUAGAAGGAUGGCUAUUAGAAAUUCAUGGGGAUUUGAGAAAAGAUUUUCUGACGUUCCUUUAAAAACUGUUUUCUUAUUAGGUACACAUAUCAAUGAUAAUGAGCUCCUAAACAAAAUUAAUUUCGAAUCAUUAGUUUAUCAUGAUAUUGUACAGGCUGACUUUUUAGAUACAUAUUAUAAUAAUACUAUUAAAACUAUGAUGGGAUUUAAAUGGGCUGUAAAGUAUUGCGCUAAUUCAAAAUUUUAUAUGUUUGUUGAUGAUGAUAUUUAUAUAUCCGUGAAAAACGUAUUGAGAUUUUUAAGGAAUCCAGUUUUAUAUCCAGAUUAUUUGAAGGAUACUAUCAAAUUAAAAGAUGUUGAACAUUUAAGAAAUAGAUUUAAGAGGUCAGGAUCAAAUGUAACAAAGAACCCAUUUGUACAACAAAAUUUAUUAUUAAAUAAUUACAAUGAAACGAUGAAUCCAAAGUAUGUAUCAGAAAAUACAAAUGAUAAAACUAUAAUAAUGGUUAAAAGGAAUCUUGAAAGUAAAAAUGUGAAAAAACGUCAAGUGUUUGAUUUUGAAUUACCAGAUGAUGUUAGGCUAUUUGCAGGUUUUGUAUUUAAUUCUUCUCCUCAUAGAUACAAAAGUUCAAAAUGGUAUGUUUCAUUAAAAGAAUAUCCAUAUAAUAUGUGGCCACCAUAUAUCACUGCUGGAGUUUAUAUUUUAUCAAAAGAGGCUCUUAUGGAUAUGUACUAUGCUAGUAUGUACACAAAAUACUUUAGAUUCGAUGAUAUUUUUUUGGGUAUUGCUGCAAGAAAAGUUGAUAUAGAGCCUUUUCAUUGUGAUGAAUUUCAUUUUUAUAAAAAAGAUUAUACAAAAUAUAAUUAUAAGUAUGUAAUUAGUUCACAUGGCUACAGCAACCCUGAUGAACUAUUAGCAGUAUGGAAUGAACAAAAAGCCAUGGGCAAUGCAUAAUGAAUUUUAUAUUUACUAAUAGUUUUGUAUUUAGAGAAUGAAAAGAUUGAUCUCUAACUAUUAUUUUAAUUUAAAUUCAUAAUAUUUUUUAUUUUAAAUAUUUUAGAUUAUAU